AUGGCUCUCAGCUUUGGACAAAGACUCCUAGUAUGGGCCUUCAAAAUUGUCAAUGCAGUCGUGCCGUGGCACAGACUACCGACAUGGCUGAGUGUGGUCAACCUGCUCGCCCUCCGUUAUGAGCUUCGCGACCAGAACUUGCACGACACUUAUGAGGAUGAGAACGAGCAGGGCACAGCCUCGGCACCCGCGAUGCCAGAAACGAAAUACCUAUCGGUCCGCAACUCGGAUGGACAGUUCAAUGACCUAGAGAGACCAAAGAUGGGCGGCCGAUGCAUGCGCUUCGGUCGCAAUGUCCCUCGCCAGUUCACCGCGCCGCCCUCUGAGGAGAUGCUGCUAACUCCGAGCCCACGUGUCAUUAGCGAGAAGCUUUUGGCCCGCGAGAAUGGCGUCUUCAAACCUGCCACCAUUGUCAAUCUGCUAGCCGCUGCUUGGAUCCAGUUUCAAGUGCACGACUGGGCACAACACUUUCGGAGCGAAAAGACGUGGAAUGUGCCAUUACCCGAUGGGGACAAGUGGUCAGACGGGGACGGUAUGAAGAUUCACAAGACCCUGGUUGAUGAGCCACAGAGUAAGCAGGAUUUGGAGACUCCUGCUUACAAGAACGAAAACACUCACUGGUGGGACGGAUCCCAAAUUUACGGCUCGUCCGAGCAAGCAACGCGCGAGUUACGAUCCAAGGCCCAAGAUGGCAAACUAGAGGUUGAUCUCAAGGGCGGCGCGACUUUUCUUCCUCGUGGCGCUGAUGGCAUCCCAAAGACUGGCUUCAAUGAGAAUUGGUGGCUUGGUCUCGAGCUUCUUCACACGCUCUUUGCCCUGGAGCACAAUUCCAUCUGCAGCCAACUCCAAGUAACACACCCAACCUGGACAAGCGAUCAGCUAUUUGAUACGGCACGGCUAAUCAACUGUGCUCUCAUGGCCAAAAUUCAUACUGUUGAGUGGACGCCAGCCAUUCUCCAACACCCCACCCUCAAGAUUGCCAUGAAUGCAAACUGGUGGGGUUUGGCUGGUGAGAAGCUGUGGAAGAUUGCCGGCCGCAUCUCCAAGACAAGUGAAGCCAUCAGUGGCAUUCCCGGGUCGGGUCCUGAGCAGUACGCCGCCCCAUACUCCUUGACUGAGGAGUUUGUCUCAGUCUACAGGCUUCACCCCUUGAUACCAGAUGACAUUGCCUUUUUCAAGGUCCGUAGUGGCGCCCACGACACCACAAAGACCAUCAAGAGCGUGGCCUUUGAGGAAGCACGUUCCCCUUUUGAGAAGAAUGACUUGAGUUUUGCCGACGUCUUUUACUCCUUUGGCAUCAACUACCCUGGCGCCAUUACCCACCACAACACUCCAGAGUUUCUCCGCGACCUCUACCUCCCAGAUGGCAGACACCUAGACAUGGGCACCGUGGACAUUCUUAGAGACCGCGAGAGAGGUGUCCCAAGAUACAAUGAGUUCCGAAAGCUCUUCCACAUGCCACAGGUCAAGACAUUUCUCGAGCUGACGGGUGGUGACAAGAAACUCGCCGACCAGGUCAGUGAGGUGUACGGUGGCAAGGUUGAGCUAGUCGACCUACUCGUCGGUUCGCUGUGUGAGCCGCUGCCAAAGGGCUUUGGAUUCAGCGAUACGGCGUUCCGCGUCUUUAUUCUCAUGGCCAGUCGGAGAUUGAAGAGUGACAGGUUCAUCGCCGGACAGUGGAAUACCGAGACCUAUACCCAGGAGGGGUUGAACUGGGUGCAGAACAACACCAUGGUGGACGUGCUGACCCGACACUUUCCCGAGCUCCGUCCGGCUCUCAAUGGUAUUGAUAAUGCGUUUACACCGUGGGCCAAAAUUGGUUCGAGCAAGCUUUAUGGUGGAAAGGAAACCAAUGACGUGCCAUUUUCUUAG